CUUCUCCUCACUGCAUUUAAUUGUUUCUUCUCUGAUCUUAUAAUCUAUACAGUUGAUCUCAUUUUCCUGCAUUUUGGAUUGCUGUAGUAUAGGCAGGCAUGGGUUUAGGGAUAAGGAACUUGUGCAUUUUCCUGUUUGUUACAGUGAUUUUACCUGUGAUGUGCUAUAGUGAGCAGAUAGAAAAUUCUCUCUACACUAGAGCUACCUAUUAUGGAAGCCCAGAUUGCUAUGGAACUCCAAGUGGAGCAUGUGGGUUUGGUGAUUAUGGACGCAAUGUGAAUGGUGGUAAAGUGAGUGGAGUCUCUAGUAGGCUUUACAAGAAUGGAACUGGCUGUGGUGCAUGCUAUCAGGUGAGGUGCAAGAUUCCGACACAUUGCAACGAGGAAGGUACGAAGAUGGUGGUAACGGACUAUGGCGAAGGAGACAGAACGGACUUUAUCCUGAGCACACGUGCCUACUCGGAAAUGGCUAACCCGGGACUGGCCAAUGAGCUCUUCGCAUUGGGUGUCGUCGACAUGGAAUAUCGCAGGAUUCCCUGCCGUUACAAUGGCUAUAAUCUUAUGAUCCAAGUUCAUGACAAAAGCGACUUCCCUAAUUACAUAGCCAUUUUGCCACUUUACCAAAGUGGAUUAUCUGAUAUUACAGCAGCUCAAAUUUGGCAGGCGGAUUGCAAGGAGUGGAGGGACAUGAGAAGGGUAUUCGGGGGAGUAUAUGACUACCAAAACCCUCCCAAGGGAUCACUACUCUCAUUCCGACUCCAAACAAAUUUGAAUGGCAACACAAAGUGGGUGGAGGUGUUGGACGUUUUGCCCCAACAAUGGAAGGCUGGCGUUGCAUACGAUACCAACAUUCAGCUUGACUAACUUAGGCUCAAUGUCUGUGCUGCUAAACUUUUUUUUU